AUGGCUUCACGUUCAGAACCCGAAAACCCGUCGCCGAACAUUUACAUACCGCCAGAGUGGUCCGAGGCCGCAGACUGUAUAGCAUACGACUCAGUCACUUCGCCGCCUCCCAUUGCCAUAGUAUGCGGCGCCAAAAACUGCGGAAAAUCCACCUUUUCCCGCUACCUCCUGAACAUUCUGCUCCAGAGGUAUAAAAAAGUUGGUUACUUGGAUACAGAUGUUGGUCAACCUGAGUUUAGUCCUCCUGGUUUUCUAUCUCUCACUGUAGUAGAUGAAGUGACUCCAGAUUUGACAAUCCCACAUCUGAAGACACCGGAGAGAUGUCUUUUCUUCGGUGAUGUUUCUUCAAAGAGGAAUCCUACAACAUACUUGAAUUAUAUAUUUGCUUUAUAUGAUUACUAUCAGAAGGAAUACUGCUUGUUUGACAAGAGUGCUAGCCCUGCUAAAGUUGGAUUGCCUCUUGUUGUGAAUACUCCUGGCUGGGUGAAAGGUGUUGGUUAUGAUAUAUUGGUGGAUAUGUUGAAGUAUAUGGCCCCUACCCAUGUUGUUAAAAUAAACAUAUCUGCUGAGAGUAAGAAUCUACCAUGUGGGGCAUUCUGGUUAGAUGAGGAUCAUGAUGGGAUGCUAAAUCUAAUAGAGAUCAAUUCAGCUCGUCAGGACUCUUUCAAUAGAUCGGUUCUAGUACAAAAGGAUGCACGCCUGUUGCGUGAUGUACGAAUAAUGGCUUAUUUCAGACAGUGCUUUUCAAGUAACUUGAACAUUACUACUAUUAAAGAACUGGCUCAUGCUUUGGCCUCUCACCCUCCUUAUGAAGUUCCAAUAUCUAGCAUUAAGAUUAGACAUCUGCAUUGCCAGGUCCCAGGUUCUGAGAUCUUCUAUAGUUUGAACGCAACCAUUGUUGGCUUGGCAGUUAGCUCUGAAGGAUCGGAAGAUUUACCUUGGUGUGUUGGUCUUGGAAUUGUGAGAGGCAUUGACACAUUCAAAGGCUUGGUAUAUGUGAUAACACCUGUUCCAAGAGGCACUCUGGAAAAGGUCAAUCUUCUUCUGCAAGGUUUUAUCCAAAUUCCUACUGGUUUGUUGCAGGUCCAGGGGUGCAUAUCACCUUAUAUGUCUGCGAAUGUUUUGUCUGCAAGCUAA